AUGGCGACCCAAAACGCGCAAGAUAUUACCCUCUCGACAUUCGAGCUUCUCGAGUUGAUCUUACUACAGCUAGACACUCAAACCCUUCUCACGGCCCAGCGAAUAUGCCAGGCCUGGUCCCGGAUAAUUCAAGAAUCAGUCCCUAUUCAAAAAGCACUCUUUUUCAUCCCAACGGACUCGUCAUCUGCGAGUACCAAAGUGCAAAAUCCCUUACUGGCAAAAAUGUUUCCAAGCUUCUUCCAAUCGAACCCAACUUUAUUAGCCAGUGUGGAUAUGCUGCAGCGACCUGAGAAGCUUGAAGCGUACAUUCGACCGGAAGCAAGCUGGCGUCGGAUGCUUGUCCAGCAGCCUCCUAUAUUCAGAAUUGGCAUCCUCAUUUCGUGUUUUGCUAUGAGUGAGAGUUAUACUUUCCAUGAAAUAUCGACAAGAGAGAAUGGUCUGCGGAUGGAAGAAUAUUUCGAAGUCUUUCUAUUCCAUCGUGACAUGGUUAGGCUUGACAAUCCGGUUGCCAUCUGGUGGCGCAACACGGAAUGUCCUGGAUGGCUUGGUAUAGAAGAAAUGACGGGCAGGACGCUGGAGACAGACCUUGUGAUUUACAUUCUUGGUGGCUCGACAUGUACGGACUAUGAUGACGAUUGGGUAACCGAAGAUGACAUACUCGCGCAUCGGAUUCGGGGCGUAUACCAAAAGUUGAAUAUCCAGCCUUGCAUACCAGCAGAUGAGGCGAGGCUGAACGAGUGGGAAUACUCGCGGCCGUAUGAUUGA